AUGAGCGCAACUCCCGAGAAGACAAGAGGACAGGAUAUAUCAUCAUCGAGCUCGCCCGGCCUGAACUCUCAGUUUUACAGAAGCAGCAUCGACAGCAGCAUACACACUGACAUAGCUGAGCUUCAAGAUCAUUUCGACAACGACAUUCAGUUCACGGUUCAAGAUAUCCUGUCUUCUUUCUCGGCAACUCGUCUCACUAAGAACUUUCGUCCUUCCUAUUCAACACCAUCAACCAUGUCGUCGUCUCGUUCCGGCCGUUCGGGAGGAUCCUCCAGCCACCGCAGCUCCAAGAGCAGUAAGAAGCCGAGGGCGGUUCAACGCUCGGUCCAGCAACUGAUCGACUCCCUCGAGACUCACCGCGUCAACACAUUGACGGAGCUCUGCCGCAUUGAGCGUGUGGCAGCCACGUGUGAGAACGAAGAGGAUGCCGUUGCCUUCCAAGGCCCCAUGACGGCGGCAUGGGACUACUACGUCAACAGCAACCAGCUCCUCACCGAGCUGCGCGGGCUGACGCGCAGCUAUCCCCUCUGCAGCGACAUUCUGUACGACGCCCACGUCCGCGUGCGCAAUGACCCCAACUCGAACAAGAGCUGGAACCUCGCCUGGCUCUGCCUCGUCAAAAUCCAGGAAGAUGGUCUAAUCUCCGGAUACUCCGCCCUUGAGGCCGCAAAGCCCGAGAUGUGGGGUGGUCGCGAUCCGUCGGCGGAAGAAGCGGCCCAACUCGCGGCGUGCUUCGACUAUGAGUGGAACAAGGCCGUCGACACCAUGCUCCGGCACUGGUCGGUCCCGCCGACCUGGUACUAA